AUGGAGCCUGAAGAGUUUGAUUCCGAGGACAAGGAGAUGUUAAGCUGGGAUAUUAAUGAUAUGAAACUGCCACAGAAUGUGAAAAAGACCAACUGGUUCCAGGAAUCGCCAGAUUCCUAUGAGAAGCACAUCUACAGCUCAAAGGACAGGAAUGCGCAGCGGCACCUGAGCAGCUGGGCCAUGCGCAACACCAACAACCACAACUCACGCAUCCUCAAGAAGUCCUGUCUGGGCGUGGUGGUGUGCAGCCGAGACUGCUCCGCCGAGGAGGGGCGGAAGAUCUACCUGCGACCUGCCAUCUGUGACAAAGCCCAGCAGAAGCAGCAGAGGAAACGCUGUCCCAACUGUGACGGGCCUCUGAAGCUAAUUCCUUGCCGAGGCCAUGGGGGCUUCCCAAUCACCAACUUCGGGAAGCACGACAGACGCUUCAUAUUCUUACAGUCAAAGGGAGAGCACGAUCAUCCAAAACCAGAAACCAAACUGGAAGCCGAGGCAAGAAGAACAAUGAAGAAAGUACACACGGCGUCUGCCUCUGUCCCCUUAAAGCUGAAGGAGAGCCCAGAGGCAAAGAUAAAGCACACUCUACCAAGAUGA